AUGCCCCCCAAACAAGCCAAGGGCGAGUACAUCGAAACCGACACCGGCAACAAAAUCUCCCGCCGGUCCCAAAUCCACGGCACGCAACACAUCAUCCUCGGCGGCAAGACAAUCAUCCAAGCCGACGCCGUCAUCCGCGGCGACCUCUACCGCUCCUCCUCCUCCUCCUCUUCCUCUUCCACCACCACCACCACCACCUCCUCCUCCUCCUCGAACCCGGACCGCCAAUCCAGCGGCCCCUCCGUCGCCAUCAACGUCGGCCGGUACAGCUACAUCUCGCGGCAGGCGGUGCUGCGGCCGCCGUCGCGGCUGCACCGCGGGGUGCACGCGUUCCUGCCGCUCAAGAUCGGCGACCAUGUGUUUGUGGGCGAGCGGGCGGUGGUGGAGGCCGCGACGGUGGGCAACCAUGUGCAUAUUGGGCGCGAGGCGGUGAUCGGCAGCAUGGCCAUCCUGAAGGACUUUGCGUAUGUGCUUGACGGCGCGGUGGUGCCGCCGGGCAUGGUGGUGCCGAGCUGGUGUGUGGUGGGGGGUGCGCCGGCCCGGAUUGUGGGUGAGGUCGGCGAGGGGUAUGGCGUUGAGGGGGCUGAGGGGGGGAUGGCGAGGGAGAGGUAUCGGGCUGUUGGGAGGGGGUAG